UUAGUAUUGGUAGAUGGAUGGAACCCUAGCCCUGAAAUUCAGGCAUCACAACUAACCGUAAAGGUUAAAUAGGCGCGCACGGACCACGGGGUAUGUCAUGGUUCGACGCGUCGACGCGCCUUUGCCUAAUCCAGGCAUCAGUAAGCAACGAAAGCCCCCCAUCUUUGCCACUCUUGCGAAUCCCAUGGCUUCUUACGAACUUCCACAUGCUUUUCUCCAUCUAGAACCGCGAUGAGGCGAGGGGACAGAGCCGGUGCAACGUCCAGACCCAAUCCGGAACGAUUCCGCACGCCAGACAAGCCUGCGACAGGACGCUCCUCAACGGUGUCGGACAAAUCAAAACGAACUAGCCUUCUCUCGAGGAGAAGCAGCAAUGGAACCCCAGCAUCGUCCAACUCGACAUUCCGAUCGUCCAGAAGGGACACAGGGCCCAGUGAACAGGACCAACCGACCCUCACCCAGAUCGACUUCGUGACUCCCGUGUCGCAGAACAUCCCAUCCAGCGACGAUCUUGACUAUAUCGAGGACCAUGGACAGCGAAGCCAUGCGCGGAAGACUCACGAGGUAGUUGAGUUAGACGACGACUCCGGUCACGAUGCCGAAUAUAGACCUUCGAAUUCGGAAAAGAGACGAAGCCGGGGCGUUAGAUUCGACACAGACACAGGGAGCAACAAGAAGCGGAGGAAGAGCGAUUCUGCAAACAUAAGUGGUCGGGAUGUCGACCGGAAUCGAAGAAAGAGUGACGAUGGCGUUAGGGGGAAGAAGAAAAGCAAGCAGCCGCAGUCGAAAGAACGGCAUAAGACUCUUACGCAAAUGGAUUAUGUGCGCCGUUACCUGAAGAUCGAGCCGGAUGAUGAAGUGAAGCUGGAGUAUACGUAUCAAACGCCCAAGAAGCAGGAUGAGCAGAAACCUGACAGGAAGCCGACGCCUGCUUCGGAAGACGCACGACUGGGCCCCGGUCUUGGGCAGGAAUAUUCAAGCGAACUGAAGAGAAGAAAGCCAAACCAUGACGAGUUAAAUGAGAGUUCGGAAGCUGUGGCAUAUCGGAAAGAUGAGAGGUUGUCGAAGCAACCAGUCACUCCACAGAAACCGCGGAGGUCUGAAAUACCCUCCUCACAAUCACCCGAAAGCCCCGGACUCGCUAUCAUCUCUUCGUCGCAAUUUCGCAGUGCAACCCGCUCUCCGUUGAAAAGGCCACCUUUAUUGGCCGCUGAGAUGCCUAUAAAAGAGGAAUCACCGAAGCACGAACAUAACGAAGAGGGGGACAUUCUUGAUGCAGACCGCAAUCCUUCACCGUUUCACGACACGCCGCCACUCAUGAUGCCGGAUUCACCGCUAUCACAGAAACACGCUAUACCCGAAAACCCUAUCGUUAAUGUUUUCGACACACAACCCAAUCCUACAAAUGAGCAACCUCCCGAGAGGGAUGACCUUGGAAACGAUGAAACGAAUAAACCCCCUUCGACCACACAGCGCACUGUGGUAUAUGAAACGGACGCUGAAUCCGACUACGGCGAUUUCCAAGACAGUCUGUCCAGCCCACUUGGGACUCCCACGAAACGACAGUCUGUUGAUCUUGUGCCCAACGAGAGCAGGGAAGAUGACGAUCUGGAAAAUGACGAUUCACAAUACCUCCCGCCCCCGCCCGUCCCUCCUUUCGGACAGGAAACAGACUCGGGUCUACUAAAUUCGGAGAACAACUUGACGUCCGAUGCAUCUGUCUACUACCAAAGAGUGCAACCUGCCACCCAGUUUCCGCUCGAACCGAUACCUACUUUGAACACACAGAAAUUGGCUGAACUUUUCCCAAACGAAUCAAGUCAACUGCGGACGCCUGUGAAGAAGCCGCGAUUACUUUCGGACCCCGAUAACUGUAUAUCUUCUACACAAACACAGACGCCGACUCAAACCCAAACCCAGACUCAAUCACAAACUCAGUCUCAAGACGCAGAUAAAAUUCCGACCGAGAUCGUUCCCGAAUCUUCACCCAUUGCCCGACAGGAAGAUGGCAGUGCGCACAGUAGGGAAAAGUGCUUGAAAUCCAGGCUCCAGGACUCGGUGGUACAGGUCGAAUCCUCGCAACCAGCUGAUAAGCUUCCCCGAGGGAAAAGCCGAAAGCACGAUUCAUAUCAGGGAGGCAUAUUGUCAGAGGGCCAGAUCCUCACCUCCAGCGUGAUGGAGAGCGUGCCUAUGCCAGGGUUUUGGCUAGGCAGUCAAGACAGUGUGGGAGAACCGUACGAAAUGCCAGAUACAUGAUGAUACCUCUGCUAGAUUUUAUGACUAUAUAAGCCAGACAUAGACAGAUAAUAUGAUACCAUUUG